AUGCCACACGAAGGAAGCACGAGGGCUGGGAUACUGCCAGGUUGCCCAAGCUUAGACAGAGAACGUCGGGAUGCAGAGGUCGGAUUCGAAACACGGAGAUUUCGCACCAUUACCUUCAUCAUCGACAGCAUGACAUUAGUGUUCAAUACCGGUGCUUCGCUGCCAUACAACCAUGAUUUCUUUGAGGGCCUUACUGUGAAGAAAAGAGUGAAGGAUGGGGACCGUGUGAUCCUCACUGUGUCUGGUUGGAGACACUACAAUAUAUGGCUGCCAACCGAUGUCAGUGGCGUUCUUGUUGUCAGUUUCUGUCCAGAAUGCCUGAGUGAAUGUCUGGACGUGUUUUCAAAUAAGUCAUGGUUGUACGGCAGUGAAACAUCGGUGUUGAACACUGAUGUCAUGCUGUCGAUGAUGAUGAUGAUGAUGAUGAUGGUUAAGCACACGCAACACAUGUGCCAACCAACGCAGCUUCUGGUGCUGAACACAUACUUCAAUGGAGGUACCCGUCGCACAACCGAAAACACGCUUUCUAACUGCCGCGUUACGGAUACGCCGACACUAACCCUCACGAGCUAUUGUUCUGGGACAACGAUUGUCGAACACCUGAAGACGCCUCAGUUCCGCCGUCGGAACAGGCCAAGUCUGACAGUCAUACAGCGAAACAUCCCGCACUGUAGCUCGAUACACACUUCCAUUGAGAUGCAGAGAUAG